ACGCACUUUCCAGACAGACCUCAUCCAUACAGUCAUAGUCAAUGGAAUAGGAACGCGGAAGGAUGUACCGAUUAUGUAGUCGAUCCAUUUUAUAGAUAACAUUUGAAUCUUUACAUAUCAGACAGAUUCAGCGUAACAUUUAUUUUACAGAAGGGGACUGCUCUGUUAGACGGUUUAACGCCCAUGAGUUGGUGCCGUCGGAGAUGGGAACGAAAUAGGAAGUGAUCUCAGCAAGGUUUUAAUUUCCUGUUGUGUACUGCGCAGAGCUACACCGAGAGCUAGCUACUUUCCAACUGUUUAAUUGCACAAAGUAAAGACAGUCCACACUAUUCUGUUAAUGAACACCACGCCUUAAGAUACCACUAAGCCAGUCUAGUGUGCUUGCAUUUCUACACAAGCUGUCAAGCUCAAUUCCUGCCAAAAUGUUUUGGUAUUUGUAUGGACAUUUUUGGACGGCUCGGGAUUUCGACGGACUCGAUUUGUACUAGUAGUACUAACCAAGCAGGGGACAUGGAUAGCUCAGUGACCCUGUGGCAGUUUCUUCUCCAACUCCUUUUGGACUCCUCCAAUGAUCAGUUGAUCUGCUGGACCAAUCAUGACGGAGAGUUUAAGCUGCUACAGGCUGAGGAGGUGGCCAAGCUGUGGGGUGCCAGGAAGAACAAGCCCAGCAUGAACUAUGACAAGCUCAGCAGAGCACUGAGAUACUACUACGACAAGAACAUUAUUAAGAAGGUGAACGGACAGAAGUUUGUCUACCGCUUUGUCUCCUACCCUGACAUCCUGAAAGGGGAGACGUCGGCCAGGCCGGAGGGGGGUGAGGGGUGUGCAGGGGGUUCGCCGCCUGUCUCAGAGAGGGGGGAAAACAUGCCCCGAGAAGGGGACUCUGGGGACAAGAGCAGGGCUGGAGGGGGGCCAGGGGGACAGGGCUUUAGCACCAAGCCAUCCAAUCGGAAUGACUACAUCCACUCUGGGCUCUACACAUCCUUUACCCUCACCUCACUACAAAAUGGACGACAACUAUUCAAAUCCAUCAAGAUGGAGAACCCGGCUGAAAAACUGGCAGACAGGAAGUCAGACAGGAAGUCAGCCUCGGACCUGUCUCCUCUCCCACAGCAGGCCCCAAGGUCUCCUUCUGUCAUCAAGUUCGGGAGCACACCACCCACUCCUCAGGUUGCCAUAGAAACCUCUCCAGCAUCCAGCUCAACGCUGUAUCCUCUCCAAAGCCCACCCCCAGUAGGUGAUGUUGUGACAACACACUCCUCGCUCCCACCCGCUGCUGGGUGUAGUUUGGAGCCAGUCCGAUCCACGGAGUCUGCAUUGCCAGGAUUCGCCCUGUCAGAGCUGUCGUCACGGAGCCCCUCCCCCAGCAUCAUUCCUGACUCCACCCAGGAACUGGUGAUUGACAGCGACAAUGAGUCAAGCUGCUCCCAGCCUACCGACACACAGACACAGGGGGUGGAAAGGGCAGGCUCUGUGUCCAGUGGUGAGGCGUGUCCAGGGGACAGAGAGGUGAGCCUCUCUCCAGGCAGAAGGAGUCUCAGUGGGUGCAGUCAGAACGGAGGGAAGGCCCGCAAGCCCAAGGUCCUGGAGCUGAGCGCCCCCACACUGGUGGUCACCUCCUCCGACCUGUCACCCAUGAACCUGUACAGUCCCUCCCUACCCACGGCCUCCCUGACUCCUGCCCUGUUGCAGACUCCCACCCUGCUGCUGACUCCCAGCCCCCUGAUUUCCAACAUCCACUUCUGGAGCACGCUUAGUCCGGUGGCUCCCCUCAGCCCCGCCACCCGUCGCCAGCAGGCUGCUCACACCCUUUUCCAGUUUCCCUCAGUGCUGAAUCCUCAGUUCCAGAUACCAGUGCACAGUCUAGAUGGGACGAACACCCCCGGGCCCAUCUCCCCAGACCCUCAGAAGACAUAAGACACCCCCCCACCAUGAACCCCAUCUGACAGCCAGGUCGUCAUACUCACUUCCACCCCAGUUCCAGAACAUUGCUGGGGGGCCCUGUGCCUGGGGGAGGGGGGGGGGGGGGGGCUGACU